UAGACUUCUAUGGAAGAACACCAGAUUGGCCAAUGAGGAGACUCCGCAAGAACCUAUCCUAACAUGAGUCGGGGCAGAAAGGGCCGAUGCAGCAUCGUGCUCAAGACAAUAGGUACUACUAUACCUUCCCUUCCGAGAUGAGCUCAGCAUUGGCAACGGCGGAGAGCGACAUUCGGCAGCGUAAUAAACUGAUGGCGGACAUCAACCUUCUGGGUAUCAGCCAUGUAUAAAGAUGUCGUGUGGUACACCCCUAGAAGAGUAUCCACGGAUCUCUACAGUCGUUCACCGUCUCUCUUUCUAAGAUGCUCAACGUCGGCCGUCUCGCUUUCCUUUUUGGAGCUCUGCUCCCUUCUGCGCUCGCUGCUCCCGUGACCAAGAAGAGCGAUUUGAUUGAAGGAAAAUACAUCGUCACCUUGAAACCAGAGGCCGAAGUCCAGGUCCAAGUCAGCUGGGUGAACGACGUGCACAAGCGCAGCUUUUCCAAGCGUGACACAGCCGGUGUUGAACACACAUACGACAUCAAGACUUUCAAGGGAUACGCUGGCGAGUUCGACGAGAACACUCUUGCCGAGAUCAAGGCCAACCCAAAUGUCGCGGCAGUUGAGCCCGACCAGCUUGUCUACCUCCCCUUCAAGGUAGAGCAGGUUUUUGACAAGCGCGCUCUUACUACGCAGACCGGCGCUCCCUGGGGUCUUGGUGCGAUCUCCCACAAGACAGGCUCCUCCACCAGCUACGUGUAUGACAGCACCGCUGGCCAGGACACAUAUGCCUACGUUGUUGACAGUGGUAUAAUCACAACCCACACUGAAUUCGGUGGUCGUGCCUCGCUCGGUUACAACGCUGUUGGUGGCCAGCACACCGAUACCCUUGGACACGGCACUCAUGUCGCUGGUACCAUUGGUGGCUCUACUUACGGUGUAGCCAAGAAAACGAACCUCAUCUCCGUCAAGGUGUUCCAGGGCGCAACUGGUUCGCAAUCAACCAUUCUGGCUGGUUUUGACUGGGCUGUGAAUGACAUCGUCAGCAAGAAUCGUGCUUCCAAGUCUGUCAUCAACAUGUCUCUUGGUGGCGGUGCCUCCACUGCCUGGACCAACGCCAUCGCUGCCUCGUACCAGCAAGGUGUGCUCUCCGUUGUGGCCGCCGGCAACGGUGAUCAGAAUGGCAACCCGCUCCCUGUCUCGGGCCAGUCGCCCGCCAACGCCCCCAACGCAAUCACUGUCUCCGCGGCUGACUCCUCCUUCCGUGUUGCCUCCUUCGCAAACUACGGUGCCGGCGUUGACGUCUUUGCCCCUGGUGUCAACGUCUUGUCUUCCUACAUCGGCGGAAACUCGGCGACUGCCAGCCUUUCGGGUACGAGCAUGGCUACUCCUCACACUGCAGGACUUGCAGUCUACCUCAUGGCUCUUGAGGGCCUGGCCAGCCCGGCUGCCGUUACCAACCGUAUCAAGGCUCUUGCUGUGACUGGCAAGGUCACUGGAUCUCUGAGCGGCAGCCCGAACGUUUUCAUCUACAACGGCAACGGCGCUUAGAUAGCUUGCACUCUUAAAUGAGAUGUGAGACAUGGUGUCGGCGUGUAAAUGGGGUUUUUCGGGGAACUGAAGAGCGCCUGUUGAUCCGUCACUGUCGGUGAGGCCGCCACGACUGUAAUGUGUUACUUAGUAUAUGAGAUGCAAUG